AUGAUUUCUCGCUGCCGUGCAAAGUGUUGGAUUGUUCAGCUCAAGGAAGAGAACCAGAACCUGCAACUUUCCACCAAUCAGCGAGGAAUCAAAGGUCAUAUAAUCAUCUACCCUCAGCGUCCAGAAAGCAUUGCCGCCAUCUUGCCUCUGACAGUCAAUGAGAUCAUUACUCCAAUUUCCGUCAUUUUCGUAGGUUCAAGUCCACCUUCUCGAGCAUGGCUUCAGGAAAAAGCGAGACCUUUAAUAGCGCGAAGAGAAAAUGUGCGCACUGCAUUAGUUUGGUUGAAAAAACAUAACCGAUUGUACAAAGACAUUACUAUUAGUCACGACGUCUUGGAUUCGAUGGAAGAGGAGAUGUUGAUGCCCUUUCAUGUUGAUCAUAUUCUGCCUAAUGAUGCGUGGGAAUCCUUGACCUCGAGAUAUGAUGAAGAUGAAGUAGUCCAAUUGGAAGACUUGUUCGAUUCGGUGUCGCAUUCUGUUGAAUCACGGUCUAACUUUGAGAGUGUUGUAGUUACUGAUGUCGACGGUCAUGCAUCUGCAAAUGAACUAAGAGCAGUGGCAGUUCAUCACAUUAAGAAUAAAGGUGGAGGAUAUGUUCAGAUCCCUCAUGAUCCUGAACCUGUCAAUGAAUUUUUUCAGCCCGAGUUGUUUUCGAUGAUCUAUCCCACCUUGUUUCUGUAUGGCUUAGGAGGAUUUGAAGAUCACUUGCAUUCUGAACGUUUGUCAAUUAAGAGACACGUCAAACACUUGUUCAACUUAGCUGAUCGUUGCUUUCAGGAACAUUACUCGUUUCUAUUCACGGCGUUCAACAUUUUAUAG